AUGCCCAAUGAGACACUAAAUAAAUCGUUAUAUUCCCACAGCUUGUUCUUGAAUUUAAUGCAUAGACUAGGUAUAAUGAUUGAUGUUGCAUCUGCAAUGGAAUAUAUCCACAAUGGAUGUUCCACACCUAUGGUACAUUGUGGCUUUAAGCCACACAAUGUCUUGCUAGAUCAAGAAAUGGUUGGUCAUGUUAGUGAUUUUGGCAUUGCAAAAAUGUUAGGUGCAGGGGAGGCUUUUGUUCAGACAAGGAUUGAAACCAUUGGAUAUAUUGCUCCAGAGUAUAGACAAGAUAUAAUAGUAUCCACAAACUGUUAUGUUUAUAGUUUUGGCAUCCUGACGAUGGAGACGUUCACAAGAACAAGACCAAGUGAUGAAAUGAUUACUACACACUUGAGCAUGUAA